GGAGAGAUGAGAGAGGAGGAAGAAGAGGAAACAACGAGAGAGAGGAAGGAUGGAGAGAUGGGAGAGGAGGAAGAAGAGGAAACAGUGAGAGAGAGGAAGGACAGAGAUGUAAUUGAAGAGGAAAACAAAGCCGAGAAGGUUGAGACCCAAAUGGUAGGAGUGAGGGAUGGAAGGGAAAAGGAAGAAGAAAAACUGGAGGAAAAAGAAAAAGACCUUGAGCCUCAAACUGCCUCUCAGCCUUCUAUGAUGUCUGUUGAUGGGGUUGAUGGACACAAUGCAAGACACGAGAAUAAAGAAGAAAAGGAGAGUGAUGUGGGAGAGGGGAAGGGUAGAGCGAGAAAAGAGACAGAAGAUAAAGCAGCGGAGGAGAAGAGAAAAGAUGAGAUGAAUGAAGGGAAGGAAAGAGAAGAAGGACAAGAAGAGGCACCUAGUGUGAAUGAAACAACAGAUGGAGAGAUGAGAGAAGGUGUGAGGGAUGAGAGAGAGAAACAGGAUGGAGAACAAGUGCAGAUCAUGGGGGAGGAGAUAUCAGCAAGGACAGAAGGAAAUAAAGAUGUAGACGAAGAGAGGGAGCGCAAAGAAGAAAGCCAAGGAAAGAUGAAGAAAGAGGGAGUGACAGAACUUGAGAAAAGUGCUGAAAGAGAGGCUGCAAAUGAUGAAGUGAAGAACAAGGUGAACAACAAAGCAAAGAACAUAGAGCUCAAUGAGGAUGAAAGAGAGACAAUAGUGGAUGCAGACAGGCAGAUGGAGGAAGAGAAAGAGGCAGAAAGGAAGAAGGGGGAAGAGCAGUUAGACUGUACAGAGAUUGAGAAAAGUGUUGAAAGAGAGGAUGCAACAAUAGAGGAGAAGAACAAGAUGAAGAACACUGAGCAGAGAGACGAGAGAGAAAUGGAUGAAGACAAACAGGUGGAGGAAGUUAAGGCAGCAGGUGGAAAGGAGGAAAAACAAGAGGGAGAUGCAAUAGAAGAAAGUAAACCUAGAAAGCAAAACGAGAAAUUGAAACAAACUGAGGAAGAGAGGAAAGAAGAGAUCAACACCUGUGGCCACUCCCACGCCAUCCAAGACACUGUCCCAGGCACUUCUGGUGGUGAGUUUUCUGAAGAAACGAAUACUAAAGAUACCAAUGAGGAUUUUGCCUCAGCUGGAAAUUCUAUCCAAAAUGAAGAUGCAGAAGGUUUGACCACUGAGGCUGAACUAUAUCCAACUGUUUCCGACCACCUGACCACAGCUUUUGUGGAAAACAUGGUUGUAAACAUUGUGGAAUCCCUUGCUACUUCCAUUGACCCAUCAAUUACCGUUUCUGGUGACAAAUAUCCAGACUCUGAAGACCUUCUAUGCAGCUCCUCUGUGGACUCGGUCCAUGAGAUGGUUGCAGAAACUGAAGAGGCAUGUGAAGAAGUGAAAGAGGAGGAAGAAGGCGAAUCAGCAGAGGAAGAAAAUGAAAUGGAUGAGAUGGAUUGUGGAUCACCAGAAUGGCACACUGCUGAACUCAAAACCCGUCCCAUUUAUGCAGAUAUGAUUGAACAGCUGGACCACGAAGAUGUCAGUGGUGAACCUGAGAACACAGAUUUGAUCACAAGCUCCGAUUCGAACCAGCUGACAGUUCAAGAUGUGAGUGAUGUUGAGGACGGACAAGAAGGUUUUUCACUGUCAGCUGAAGAUCAAGCCAGUUAUGAAGAGGCCCGGGAACCUGAGUUUGACUCAGACAGUGUUGAAGAAGCAACAGAACAAGCAUUUCUUCCAGCCAAUGAUAUUAACACUAAAGUGAUGAACACAGUAACUAUCACAGAUACAGCCAAUAAAGACAAAGCCAAAGAGGCACUGGUUCAUAUAGGCUUAGACCAAUGAAGACCGAAAUGAGCUACAUACUGUAUAUGACAUGGACUGGUUUAGGGUUAAUGAUAUAAUGAAUAACAUAUUUUAAAAGAGUUCAGCAAAACGUUAAAUAUACACAGGUUUUUCUUUUUCCAGAAGUUGCUGGUCAAGCAACUUUUACAUGUUCGUUUUAUACACAUGCUAUGGGGCAAAUGUAGACCUGGCAAACAAGCAGAGGUGGGUAGUGUAGUGUAUUCAGAACUCAAGUAAAAGUAUUUAUACUUGGGUAAAACAUGGCAGAAGUAAAACUACCUUCCCAGAAAACAAGUACAAAAGUAUCAGGUGAAAUCGUAACUUCUACAAGUGGAGUGGAACUUCCUAGUAAAUCCAGCACGACAGGUUUGUACAGCUCAAUUCUACUGUUUCUGAUUCAUACGGCCUAAAAAUGCUGAAGCUGCAAAGUCAGAGCUGUGACAAAUCACAAGCAGUACAGAUGCCAUUACCAAUCAAAUAUAAUGAAAUUAAACCAAAAACGUAACUAGUAGAUGCAUAUAAAUGGCAGAAAUGUAGAAAAGUAGAUUCCUUCACUCACUGAUAUGCUAGAGUACAAGUGUUAUGACUUGAAGAUAUUCUAGUACAAAUCCAUUAGUACGACUAAGUGUACACACUUAAAGAUGGUUCUUUAAUAAAGAAAAUGGUUCUACAUAGAACCAGGUACACUUAAAAUACCCUUUGCAUGAUUCAUUGGGUCUUUGCAUUGGGAAAGAUUCCUUCAGAUUGAUUCUAUAUAGCAUUUAAAAGGGUUCUUCUUUUGUCAAGCUCAUAACAAGAAUCCUUUGUUGCUAUAACCCUUUUCUAAAUGUUUCUAUAUAGAACCAUCUACAGCACAUUCUCCAUCAAUCUGAAGAAUGCCUUCAUGAUCUAAAUCUUUUAGUCAUGCAAAGGGUUCUUUGAGUAUUCAUGGUUCUACAUAGAACCAUUUUCUUUACUAAAGAACCCUAGAUUAACCAUCUUUUAUCAAGAGUGUACUUGGUUACUAUUCACCUCUACUAACAAACAAGUAGCUACAAAUAAUUAUCACAACAAAAACUGCUUUUACAAGGUCUUGAACAGACUUGCUUUUGUGGUUUCUGACACUGUUUAAAGAAACGGGCCGAAGUGUCACAGCUAAAUGCAAUGCAGUAAGACCAUCAGAAAUAACCACAGUCAAGCCCAAACCUUUGCCAUCUGACUGGUCUUGGCUGACAAACUACUUCAGAGUAAAGGGAACAAUUGUAGAAAUUAGAUUUUUGCCAAGCAAUUCUUUUAACACUUGGGUAGACAGGCUUUUUCGUUACUGGUUUUCAUUAACCCUAGUGUGGUGUUCAGGUCUGUGGGACCCAUUUCCAAUGUUCACCAAAAGAAAAAGAAAGUGAUUUGUUAUUUCAGUCUCAGAUUCCUUGGCCUUUGUUAAAUUUCUGUGAACAUAAAAUAACAUUUUCAGUGACUUCACACUAUUCACCCCAACACGUAUAUAUUACCCAUAUGGUUUUCCUCAAACAUAGCCUGUUGUGUGUGUUUGAGGGUGGACAACAUGGACAGGCUGCUGACUGGCUACAGCUGCUAAAGGAGAACCCUACACUGGCCAUGAUCUUUUAAACAUCUGGUAUAUGAAUUAUGGCUGUAUUGGUUUAAAAAAAAAAAAAAAAAAUCAUGUUUUGGGUCCAGCAGACCAUGGAGUAAUAAAAAAAAAAACAAAACAAAAAAAAAAAAACAAACCGAACACCAUACAAGGGUUAAUGUGACCUGUGCCACAUGGUAUAUGAAAGCAAACUUGAACUUGACAGCAUUACUUGGGUUACACAGUGACUAGAGACUUAGAAGGCAGAGUGUAGAUACUGUUGUCGGAACACAACCUUGUAUGGCCAAAAUGGUAACUUUACAGAAGGAAAAACCUUCUUUGCUAUUAAUGCAAGUUGAUGGAACCAGACUCUCACCAUGUCAUUUUUGGCCAUCAUGAAAUUUACAAGUGUUAAAAGCACAGGCAUUUUCAAAUGACGUCAAACUGAAAAAUGACAAAUUGAAAUACGAAGUUUUGUCCCAUCAGCAGCAACAUUAAAGUUGUGCACUAAAACACUCAUGCUUUAUCUGGUGACAAUACAGUGAACAUUAUAAAGGCACAUUUUCAUGCAAAAUAAAGUAUCACUCAGGACCGAAA